CACCUAAUGUCUAUAAAAUACCCACCGUCUUGGGUAUCAGUAAGGAAGGCCCGAUACGUUCAGCACCGGCCUUCACAAUGGCCGGUAGACAAAAGCCGCGAUUAAUUCCAGCAUUGUUGCUACCCGGUCCCGGUGCCUACGAUGCUGAAUACUCGGUUAUGAAAUAUAAGCCACCUAUGUACACAAUGCGUGGCAAAUUCAAAUACCCGAGUGAUGAGCACAAUAAACCAGGACCGGGCGCACACUGUCCCGAGAAGUAUCAGUUGUACAAAACAAGUCCAGCACCGUCAUUUUCAAUACAUCAUAGCCCAUUUUUGGGUCAAAGAAAAUCGUAUAUUAUACCACAUCUCACUCGUGUAUGCCUAGUUCCCGCGGUGUGAAAACAUUCAAGAUUUCCAUUUAGCCAUGGGACUAUUGAGAUCUAUUAUUUUUCAACGCGAACGAUUUCAUACUCAUUUUACUUUAAUUGACCAGUCGGAAUAUAGAAAAAUUUUAAGUUAAUCUCUCACAUGUUCCAGCCUACAGCUUCGGCAUAAAGCACUCGCCUUACAUCGGACAACUACAUGAAAAAUGUGAUUAUGGUUUCUCUGGAAUAUGUUGAAGGCGCUCCCUCAUAGCUGAUUAUCAAAACUCC